UUUAAUGUUUAAUCUUUAAUGCUCAAUUAUUUUGUAAGCUCGUCAACCUUAUGUUGGACUGCGUAUUGUCAUUGGAAGUCGUACUUUCCAUACUGCUUUGUAAGGUCAGUAUGAUUCAUUUAGCUAAACUGUUCGCGCUCUAUUUCACAUACACCAUGAGCUAUCACUUGUGAUGGGUCUUGAAGAAAGUAAAAUUGGUCAAACAAGUAAAGCUAACUGUAAUACACCUAAUUUGUGUCUCUUCGCACCUGUCUCACCUGGAAGAAUAAUUCACCAAUGCACUCUAGAACUAUGGAGAAAAUCUCACCGAGAGCUUUUCAACUUUUCAGAUAAGGUGAUGGUGUGUACUUAUCAAGUUCCACAUGAUUGCUCGUCGGCAUUUUGCCUUACUAGGCAAAAUAUAGUGAACUUCCGAAAAUCUUGUUCUGUUUUCUCACUGAGAAAGCGCAGAGAAUAUACAAAAAUGGCUGAGCAUUUUGAAUAUAAUCACAUUCCUGCUCAUUUAUCAUCUAUACAGAACUUGCACUUCAAAUCAGUGUUGGACAUUCACAGUGGAUUAGCAGUUGUUCAUUUAGCACGCGAUAUGAUAACUCAGUUUGCAUUAGUCGACUUGCGGAUUAAUAAAUUUCUUGGCUCUUUUGGUCGGCAAACGGUUCUCUUUAGUCCUGAAUCAACUAUAGGAAAAAUAUCACCGGAUGGAACUUACUGUCUGAUUAGACUCCCUUGGUCGAGAAAUAGGAGAGUUUAUAUACUCAAGCUGUACAACUUAAGAAAUAGUGAACUUAUCUCUGAACUUCCAUUAGCUAAUUCUUCGAAUUACGAUGACUUAUCAUCGAAUAGUUCCCGUCUGCCAUUGGCCCCAUAUCAAGAACAUAAUAGAGAGUCAAAUAUUCGAUCUUCAUACGAUGUUUUAUCAUCUAGCUCAGUAACUACGGACUUCAAAGGGAAUGUACAAAAUGAGAAUCAACUACAACUAGGUCCAGCUCGUUCUUCUCAAGUGUUGUUUGCUUUCGAUCCACGAUUUGUGAAUUCACGCAUAGCAAUAACGAAUGUAGACUUUCCACAUGGACUUAACUCUCAUAAAUUGUCUUCCAAUUGGGUCCCAGGAAUACAAGCCACCAUAAGUUUGGUAAAACUACCAACAUGGGAGUGUUUGACAUCAACUAACAAACUUUGUUCAUGGUCACCCUCAAAUCGUCAUGGAUCGCCUUUAAUAAAUAAUGCUACAUGUAGAGAGCCGACAAGACGAAGACGAUCAUCGGAUGCUAAUCAUAUAGGAGGUUUUCCUAGUCCUAAUUCAUUCAACCAUGCCUUUCCACAUAUUAUGAGCAUAUUUUAUUCAAGAGAUGGUUAUUUUUUAUUUACAAUCACAACAGAGUCUAGAACAUGUCGAUGUUCUAUCAUUAGUAACAAUAAUCAUUCUAUGAAUUCAUUAUCAUCAGAUGUAUCCGGUUACGCUGAUGAUAUUUACAAUCCUUUAAGUUCAAGUCGAUCAACAAACAGCGCAACUGAAAGUAGUCGAACGCAGCAAAAAACCAUGGGUUCGACACAAUGUACUGAAUUAAAUCCACGUUACAACUCCAAGAAUAAUAUUACAUCCCCAAUGUUGGCUCCUACACUGCCUGGUUGCACCACUUUAUGGCUGACUAUUUUCAAUUCCGACACAUUAGAAAGGUUAAGAAUUUUAAGGUUUGAUCGAUCAAUAUGUCCUAUUCAUACAUGUCCUACCAAUUAUCUACCGGUAAUGAGCCGUUGUGGAUCAAGAAUAGCUUUAAUUACACGACAAGCUGUAGGAUAUUAUAACAGUAAUAGUAAUCAGAAUACCAGUAAUAAUUCACGUGAAUACUUGUUUCCCAGUUGUAAAACACUUCCUGUCUCUUUAAGGCACUCCAUUCCAUCUAUCAGUGUAGAAGGUUGUUCUGAUUCACAAUGGACUAUUCAUAAAGGUGCUAGUCAAGAAAUCAGCAAAGAAAAUUCUACAAAGCGCCUGCAAGGCGAGAAAGCACUUAAAGAAACAUCAAUAAAGGUUUUAAAAGCUUCAACAUCUGAAGAAAUAACGGUGACAUCUGAUGAUGCAAAAAGUUAUUUGCUUGAAACGUGGAAGAUUAGAGAUGCAGAGGAAAAUGAAGUUAACAAAAUUCAAGAUGAAAUAAAAUUGACACAAUGUCUUACAAGGGAUGCUCGUUCAGAGCUUGAGCGGUGGCGCACUUAUUCUGAUGUAACAAAGAAAGCUAAUGAAACACGCAUUCAAAUGUUAGAAACAGAUCUCGCUAAUAUGGAGCAGCGUUUUCAAUCAAUGGUGAAAUAUUUAUCCGAAGAGAAAGAUAAAACUGAGUUGGACAUCAGGGCAAAUGUUGACUGUUCCUCGGAGAACAUUAGGAACUCAGUAGUUAAAAAGGUUAUUGACAUUUUAAACAAGUUUUUUUCACAUCAAAUGCUCCAAAACAAAUGGCUAAAAAUUGAAAAGAAAUCACUUGAAGAAAAGUUGAAACGAAUCAUUUAUGAAGUCGAAAAUCUCCAAGGAGAAAACUUAGCCGCUAUAGAAGAAAUUUUCAAUAUUAAUUUAACACAUUUAUUCAUACCUAUAUCUUUUUGUGAAGCUCAGAUUACUGACGAUGACAAUCUACAUAAGAGUACUGUUCUUGACUUGAAAAUAGACCAGGAUUUAUUUGAUGCCAAAAAACAUACAGCUUUGAGAAAUCCUGAACACAAAGACCAUAAUAAUGAAAAACAUUUAAAUCCCAAAGAUGAAAUAAUACUUUCUUCUAUCUGUAGCUUCAAUGUAAAUAUGUUUCAUCAUUUAAAUGAAGACGAGAAUCCAAGUCAAACUGUUGAAGUAGAGAAUUUUGCAGCCCUUGGACCACUUGAAAAGAAUGCUUGCUUCCUUCAAGGUCUUUCUGCUAAAAUAAGCCAACCGGAUAACUUCUGCUCAGCUGAGCUUCAAGCACAACUCAAGUUUAAUCCAGAACUCGAGAACUGGCCCGAAAUACAAGCUUUCAUCAAUAGAGUCAAAAGCUUACCUGGUGGAACUAACAUCCAACAAGAUGAAGCUGAAAAAGCUGCUCAUUUGUACCUCAGAGCUCGCAAGAGAGAUGUAGAACGUGCUGUGGAAUUGUAUAAAGCUAACAAGCGAAUGCGCUAUACCGAAAAUGUAGAUUCAAUCGAUCCUUUAGAAGAUGGGGUUCGACGUGAACUUCUAUCUGGCAAAUUUACUGUAUUAGUAAGUUUGAUUGCUAAAUAA